UAGCACUGCAAGAGGAACUACACAUGUGCGUCCGACAGUUGCAUUCCGGAAGACGCAUAGCGGCGGACUUGCGCGACGCGCGUUCUUCGGAAGUGCAACACUUGUACGUUUUGGAGGCUCGGCACUGGAAAGAUGAGUGGGGAUUCGGAUGGUAAUAAAGUGUUCCAUGAGCAGCUCCGUCUGCAGCAGCUGUAUGAACAGAGGCGAGAGGGUGGAGAGGAUCCGUACACAUACACUGACCCAGAAGACGGCACUCUGUACGACUGGGACCAUGAAAAGAGAGCAUGGUUUCCAAAGGUAAAUGAUGAUUUCAUCGCAGCUUAUCAAGCAAACUAUGGAUUCAAUGAGGAUGGGGCCCCUGAUCCAACUGCUGCGCUCCCUCUCUCUGCAUCUCUCCCUGCCAAAACGGAGGAGCCCAAAAAAACAGAAGAACCUAAGAAUCUGGAGGAGAGCUCAACCCAGGGAACAGCUAAGGAGGGAGCUCAGAAAGGAGAGAAAAGGAAAGCAGAUCCAGGAUGGUUUGAAGUUGAAAAGGACAAAAACACCAAUGUUUAUGUGACAGGUCUUCCUCCAGACAUUACUCCUGAUGAGUUUGUGGAGGUCAUGUCCAAAUGUGGAAUUAUCAUGCGUGACCCCAUCACAGAAGAUUACAAAAUGAAGCUUUACAAAGACAAGGACGGGAACCAAAAAGGAGAUGGACUUUGCUGCUACCUGAAGAAAGAGUCUGUAGCUCUUGCCAAGCGGCUUUUAGAUGAGUCAGAGAUUCGGGGCUAUCAGCUUCACGUGGAGGAAGCGCGGUUCGAACUCAAAGGACAAUAUGACGCAAACAAGAAGAAGAAAAAAAACAAAGAAUAUCGCAAAAAACUCCAGCAGCAACAAAAGCAGUUGGACUGGAGGCCGGAGAAGGCUGGGGAAACUCGCAAAAGGCAUGAAAAAGUCAUCAUCAUCCAAAACAUGUUUCAUCCCAGUGACUUUGAGGAGGACCCUUUGGUUCUGAAUGAGUACAGAGAUGAUCUACGGACAGAAUGUGAGAAAUUCGGCCAAGUGAAGAAGGUCAUCGUUUUUGAUAGGCACCCUGAUGGAGUGGCAUCCGUGGCUUUUAAGGAACCUGAGGAGGCGGACAUGUGUCAGAUGGCUCUGAAUGGACGCUGGUUUGGUGGGAGGAAACUGUCAGCGGAGCUGUGGGAUGGUGUAACUGACUACCAGGUUGAGGAAACCUCACGAGAACGAGAAGAGAGACUGAAAACCUGGUCCUCUUUUCUGACUGAUGAGAGUGCAUCUGCCAAAGCUAAGGCAGACUCUUCAGAAGCAGCUGAACAACAGAAUCCCAGCACUCAAGAAGCAGCAGAACAGACUCGACAAGAGGAACAUACAGACGAAAGUACUGCAAAACCAAAAGAGGGGAAAGAUGAGGAGGAGGAGGACGAGGUAGAGGAAGGAGGAUUAGCGUCCACCGAUAGCAGUUUAGCAGGAAGUGAUCAGGAAGCAUAGGACUCUUUUAAUGUCUCUUGCUAAAACAUCUUCAUACUAAUAUACAAUGCUUCCUUUUUUAAUUGUUUAUUCCCAUGAUAUGUCUGUGCAUUUCACCAUAUCAAAAUAAGGACAGUAAUGGAAAUUUGACAGUAAAUAGUAAUUUGUGUGAUUUUUAUGUUAAUGUGUGUCAUUGUCUGAAUCAGUUUGAACAUCUGUUAAUAGUUUUGUAGUAAAAAUAUAUACAGAUAUUCUGUGACUUCAUCAUUGUUUCUUGUUUCAUGAAAAAGAUGUUUAUUUGUAUCUUCUCUCUCUGACAAGAUCUUUGGUUUAUAAGGGGGGAAAAAAACAAGUAGUUUCCUUAAGUGUAGUUCCAUGUAAGUCUAAUGACAGCUGUGAUUUUAUCUGUUUCGAGAGUCCUUGUUCAACUCGCUCGGCUGCAUUUUUCAGCGAACAUGUAAAGAAGAGCACCUCCUGCACGUAGUAUAUUCAUUUUGUUUUAGUAUGAUCGGUGGCUGAAAGUUGGCUGGAUUCAGUUCGGAUGAUGGAGAACAGAGUGUUAAAGCGCUCGGAGGACUGUAAAGAUCCACCUCAGCUCUUUACAUACUAUCAAGGUGACAUCAACACUGCAGUGGAUGAGCACUUUUUCCGUGCCCUGAAUAAAGCAACCACACCAAAAGACCUCAGUACUAAAGCCAAGGACAGCAAUAGGACUCCCAAAGCUGAUGUACCAUCAUCAUCAUCAUGGGCUUCUUCUGGUCUAACAUGGCCUAAGUCCACACACACUUCCGGUUCUUCAAAGCUGACCCAGUUGACGUCCAUGGAACCUACACCUCCAUCCCAGGGAGUUAUUGUGAAUCCCUCAGUACUAUCAUCAUCAUCAUCCUCAUCCCUCUGGCCAUGCCCAUCCAGACAGGGCACGGCCUUCGAACUGCCUCAUAUAAUCUACCAACAGCCCAUGGCUGCUGAGAGCAGUGCCAACUCUUACCUGAACCUGCUACAAAUGGAUCGGCCAACAGGGGGCAUCAUGAUCUCGCCCUACUCAAAAUCAGAUACCAGACCAGAGUGGAAUUCUGGGACAGCCUUUAAGGAUGGAAGCAGGAUCAGCCUAGAUUCAGGUGUGCCUGUCUCAGAAAUAACUAAGGAUUUGUACUGGUAUUGAAGAAGUGAUUUCUGGCUCUGUGAUGAAAAUAUAUUUUCAGCAGAGGACUGCCUGUGUUUACAUUAUUAUAAGCUUAAGAAUUCUUUGCUUUUAGAACAUCUGGCAUAGUGAUUCAAACCAUUAUAUUCAUGGUAUCAAACAUUCCUCAGAGAUGAAUGGCGAUUAAUUGCUUAUUUUAGCCAUGAGCAUGUGAAGGAUCUUGUAGUAGAAUACCUGAUUGAAAAUAAUUUACUUCUCGUAGCUAUUUAAUGGGUGAAUGAGGAAGUAAAGUCUAUUUAUAUGAUUUGUAAUACAAUUAUAGUUUUACCAAACUUUCUUUGUGUAUAUUAUUCUGUAUUUUGAAAGUUAAUAUUAUUACUAUAGCAAUUCAAAAACUAUAGUCAUUUGUCAGGAAAAUAUAUUCUAUAUAGUUAUUUUUAAGUUAAACUUUCUCUCUUAAAAGUUGCCCAUACCUUGGGGAUGAAAAAAAAAAAAACUUCAAGCAGUGUCAACUCUCUAGGUCAGGUUACACAGAAGGCCAAGUAAAGCUAAUGCAAUGGCAAAAGUGAACUGACAUGAGCAAACCAAAAAUAAAUGUUUCUGAAAUC